UUCCGGAAGACGUGGCUGUUGGUGCUGUGGCAGCUGUCAACCGGGAAGAAUCUGACAAAAACACUCAAACACUGAGUAUAACUGAGGUUUUUUCUUCCCGUGGGAUCGGCAGCCGUGUUCCAGAAGCAAGAUGAUUUCGCUGACGGACUCUCAGAAGAUCGGGAUGGGGUUAACGGGCUUUGGCGUUUUUUUCCUCUUCUUCGGGAUGAUCCUCUUCUUCGACAAAGCUCUUCUAGCUAUCGGAAACAUCCUGUUUGUCGCCGGACUCUCCUUCGUCAUCGGGCUGGAGAGGACGUUCCGCUUCUUCUUCCAGAAGCACAAGAUGAAGGCCACCAGUUUCUUCCUGGGAGGAAUACUUGUGGUGCUGAUCGGUUGGCCCAUCAUUGGAGUCGUGCUGGAGAUCUACGGAUUCUUCCUCCUGUUCAGGGGCUUCUUCCCGGUCGUCGUGGGCUUCAUCAGAAGAAUACCGGUCCUGGGCUCCAUCUUAAACCUGCCCUUCAUCAGCGCACCUUCGUAAGGCUCUGAGGACAAUCAGCAGUAGUGUACGUGGACAAAGUGGGUGAGAGCAACACCAUGGUAUAAAAAGGACCUUUCGUAGGCCGGAGAGCAGGUUUGAUGAUCCACUCCAGCAGACAGAGACUGUUUUAUAAGUUCCAUCACACGGAGGCGACGCGCCAACGACGGACUUCACUACAGUAAAUAAAAGCGAUUGAUCCUUCCCUUCACCGUUGGCUGCGUCCUUCAUGAACACGAAGAACAGAAGACUUACCAGGCCUCAUGGACUCUGUGGACCUUCAUCUUCCUCUGUGGAUCCAACACAAGUGCCCCCUCCUGACAGACGAGAGGGGCCUCAGCCUACUGCGUUACAUUUCUGUGCCUGUGCUUUAACUUUAUUUGAACAAAUGUGCAGCAUUUUGUCCGAUAGUUACUUUCAGUCCUGCAGCUUCUCCGCCACUUUUCCUUUUUGGUCUGUUGCGAUAUUUCCUUUGUUGCGUCAUAUUUCUGGUUGUGGUUGGCAGGAACGCUUCGCUAUAAAUUAUUUUUAAUCGUCAUUGCUUCAUGUAUACUGAGGUUUUAUAUGAACAUAUUACUAUUACUGUUUUCCCCCAAAACGACAAUGUAUAAGUCCAGUGGGGAAGAAAGAGCUUGACGUCCUGACUCCAAACCAACGGAGUGCCAGAACCUAUGACCACUUUACCCAAAUGUUUACUGUGGAAACUUGCUAAUUCGUUAUUUACAGACAGGAACAUCAAGAUUCUGUUAGGACACCGAUGCAUACACAUUUAAAAAAAUGGCUGGUUUACUUGUAUGCAGCUUCUGUAAGAUUAGAAAAUAAGGUUAAAAAAAACACUGUUACAGGGACAUUAU